AUGUGGAAGUGGAGGACUCAUGCAGAAACUCACUGUGGGAAAGCUUGCAAAACAGGAUGUUCAAAUACUUAUUUUCCNGUCUUCUUCCUGAGUGGAUCAAGUUGGACCAAACUGGGCUCUGUUCCCCUAAAGCAUGUCUCAGUGGGACCUGCAGGAAUCUGGGGAGUCAGCAAUGAUGACCAAGUCUAUACAUUUUCUGGUGGUGAUUUCUUUCCUGUUUCAGGUCAGAAGUUGAAGCAGUUGGAUGCUGGUGGAGAAGGGCAUGUAGUUGGGGUUACCGACAGCGAUAGCAUCCACUGUCUGGAUGCCAGUAAUGUCUCACCCACUCAGCAGCAGGGCAGUUUGAGCUGGAUUACAGUGCCUGGGUUGCUGAUUCAUUUCAGUUGUGGUCCCAAUACAUGCUGGGGAGUGAACUCCAAUCAAGAUAUCUACUUCAUAAAAAUCUCACCCAACAGCUGCAAGACAAGUGAAUGGACUAAAGUAGACGGAGCAGCGGUAAAGGCAGAAGUUGGGACUGAUGGACGUGUCUUUGUUGUAAAUAAAGCCGGAAACCUCUUUGAAAGAAUUGGCAUCUCUGACAAAACUCCAGGAGGUGCAAAUUGGAAACUAAUUGAAUUCCAGAAGCCCAUCAAAUAUGUGAGCUAUGACCAGGGACGCCUGUGGAUUGUGACUGAGUGUGAAAUCAUUCUAGAGUGCACUCAGUAACCAGCUGGAGGUCCCUGCAUGAUUCAGUUUUUUCACAUUAUUUUGGGGCAUAUGCUUUAUGAUUCUGCUUUAAAUGACUCUAUGACAAGGAAUAAAUAGACGUUUAGAAUAUUAACUUGUCAAAUUACAUUGGAUAGUUGGGUCUUGUAUUGAUAAAUGAUUACACUUCAUAUUCACACUUUAAGCUUUCACA